GUCUUAGUUAGACAAAUGCGUAUAUUUAAGGCAAUGUUUUGGGAUUAACAUCAUCAAAAAUAUGCUGAAACCUGCAAGGUUGACUAGAUUAGCUAAAAUGUUUGGUGCAUUGAAUUAGUGUUUUAUUUACAGCGCCGAUCGGAUCGUGCCUCCAUGUGGAGAGAGUUCCUCUGGUCGUUGACAGGAAGAAGAAAGUGCACGAAGUUACAUUGAAGGAACGACUAACUUCCUGCAGAUGGCACGUUGGAUACGUCACUUGCUUAACAAUGGCAUGUACCAUGCUAAUGCGCAUGAACAUGAGCAUGGUCGUCGUUUGUAUGACUCCCCCAAAUAUAACAACAUUUGCAGUCGUCAACGGAACAAUUGUCACAGUUGCCGAUAGUAAUUUGAAAUAUUACGUCCAAUGGGACAGUACCAUGGAAGGCCUCCUCAUUUCCGGUAACUACAUUGGCCAGGUGGCAACGGCUCUUAUCCUUGGAACAAUGUCCGGGCGAUACAGUGGCAAAUAUAUUAUUGCAAGCAUGGUGCUAAUUAUGGCUGUAUCGACAGCAAUCACACCAGGAUUCGUUUUUGUCAGUGAUUACAUUGUUCUUGCUCUGCGAAUAAUUGUAGGCAUGGCAACGUCGGGUUUGGAACCAUGUGCGACUCAGCUGAUGUCCAACUGGGCGCCACUUGAAGAACGAGCGCAAAUGAUGGUUCUUACAGAAACAGCUCGGAGCUUUGGAGGAAUGGCCAACUAUAUCCUUGCGGGAUUGCUUUGCGCUAUACCAAUUCUUGGAGGCUGGCCGUUCAUUUUCUUCGUGUUUGGAGGACUGAAUGUGUUGGUACUGAUAUUUUGGGCUUUGUUGGUUUAUGAUACUCCAAAUAUCCACCCAAGGAUAACCGCGUCAGAACGAGAUUACAUUAACUUACACAAGGCUCCAGUUGUACUUGAUAAGGCAUUGCGUAUACCGUGGGUGCAGUUGAUUGCGUCAAAGGCUGUGUGGGGUUGCGUGCUGGGGUUCCUCACCUAUGGAAUUCUCUUUAUCACUCUUGCCAUCUGUCUACCGUUGUAUUUCGAACAGGUGUUGGAGCUUGAUCCGACAAUGAAUGGUCUUGUUUCCUCCCUUCCGUUCAUCGGGCGGAUAUUUGGUUCCAUUAUGUUCGGUUAUCUAGCUGACUGGUUGUACUCGAAGAAAUUGAUAUCCAUUACAAAUGUGAGGAAGGUGUUUCAGGUAACAGGAUUGGUCGGUGCUGCACCCUUCCUUAUAUGGAUAUCGUAUCUUGGAAAGGAUGACGCAGUUCUAGCAGUGGUCCUACUGGUUGUCUAUUGGUUCAUUGUAACGGCAAUGAACUCCGGCUUUCGAGUAAACUUUGCUGAUAUCGCCCCAAGAUUCGCCGGGCUGUUAAAUGGAAUAUGCAUGUGUCUGAACGGUUUUAUAUCAAUAUUUGUCCCCAUUUUGAUAACAGCAAUCACACCAAACGGUACGGCUGAGGAGUGGCGACUGGUGUUUUAUGGUUGUGUGGGGGUAUCUGUCGUUGGUGCAGUUGUGUUUAUUUUGUUAGCCAGUGGGGAGGAGCAGGAAUGGGCAAAGGAUCCUGCAUUUACUAGAAAUGUGGAUAUUAAAGUCACCGGCAACGACAACGCCGUAUUUGAAAACGAUUAUGGCGUAUCGACCAAAGACGAGACAACUCAACAUACAUGUAAUAAAACAAUACAUACCUGAACAUCAGAUGAUAUUGUUAAUGUAUAACCAAAGUUUCUUUUUCUGAAGAAACCAAAUAAAACAUUCACAAAAACAAGUGUUCUUUUAAUUAUUAAUUAUCAUAUACAUGAACCAUAUAAGGUUACCACACGCUUUAUAAUCCAGAGCACCUUGACCUGUUUGUUUAGUGGAUUGGCUUGCCGCAAUUUCCCUCCUUUAGGUUUGUUUUUCUCACAGCAGACUUUAUUGUUAUUUGAAUCUAACUCAUGGCAUCCUAUUAACUGUAUUACCAAGGUUCAUGGCGUAUUUAUUUUGUUUAUCGAGUUCCUGUUCUGAUUAACCCUUCUGUGUUAAGGCUAUGGUAUUGCUUUUAUCUACUCAUUUUUUAAUAUCAUGGUAUUGGGAACAUCUGUCCGUCGACAUUUCUAUUUCUCACAGAUAUUUUUCAAUAUUAAUGAAAGCUGGUAAGUUUGUAUAAUCCACACUUUAGUUUCCGCAAGAUAACUUGCUCGGUUUUUAUGUAACUUACUAAGUAUCUAUAUGAAAUGCAAAAAAUGAACCAGGACAAAGACUAAGGUCUGAGUUGAGUUAAACUAGACAUUAAUUAGCAAAAUGCGCUCCGAUUGAUUGACGGAUUCUGCACUAUAACUUAUUCAGAUGACUCGAUUCGGGUGAAACUUGGUAAAUAUUUAUUUAAAGUAAGACAAAGGUUAAUUUCAAUGUUUAACAAAAUCUGCGAAUAAUAAACAAGAAUACUGCGUUCACGUCUUUGGCUUAAAUGGUGUAAGAUGAAUUGAUUAUUGGCAAAGGGGGCAAUGUCCAUUUCUAUUUUCGUGGUUUGAUAUAUGGACAGAGGGAA